AAGAGGCUCUUGGGCAACUCAAACCCACAUCAGCUUCAGAGAGUGAAUAUUGAAGCGAGAGCCAGAUGUAUGGAAGAGGCUUUCCAAGCAACAUCUCCCCAAAUGUGUACCUGUGGGAAUGCAACUAACUGGGGUCGGAAGGUGUGAGAGGGACAAUGUACAGGGUGAUGUGCACUGGAAGAGGAAGUGUGGGUUAUGGUCGCAGGGCCCCCGAAUUUCGGGCCGAAGGGUGAGGGAUGAGCCUAAGCUUGGCUGUUGGAAGGUAUCUCGCUGAGGAAGAAAGAGAAACUGAGUCGCAAAGGUUUUAUUGAAGCGUUUCUGGGUGAAGUUCACUGGUCCCCGUGGUGGGGGCCAGGAAAGUCGUGCUGGUACUUUCGCCUGGGGAAGAUUUAUAGGGACGCUAGGGACCUGGGUGGGGUGAUUAGGUGUGGCGUAUGUUGAUUGGCUGGGAAGGGUGGUGGGACGUGACCAGGAAUGUCCCCUCAGCCACAUCUGGGUAAGGCGGAGCCUCCCCAGUUAGGUUUGAAUUUCUCCUCUGGCUAUCCAUUUCCGGGUCAUGCGACUUCCGGGUCAUGUGACUCCCCGGAGCUCUCCGGCCUCACAGCUUUGUCUUGUCAAAAUCUAGAGACCCAGGGGGGAGUUAAUGACUGGAUGGAUGAGGCCCUACAAGUCAGGACCAGAAUUGGAUUGCAUCUCUGUGCCUUCCUGCCUGGUGUUGCUGAGGGCUGAACAUCAUGAGUAAAGGGACCUUGAGGAUAGGGUGGGCAUCAGUGGCACCUAGGCCACUGUGACCCUUGAGGAUGUUGCCCUGUACUUCUCCCGGGAGGAAUGGAGGCUCCUUGAUGAGGCUCAGAGACGCCUUUACCUGCAUGUGAUGCUGGAGAACUUUGCACUUAUAUCCUCUCUGGGUUGCUGCUGUGGAGCAGACGAUGUGGAGACACCCACUGAACAGAGCAUUUCUGUUGGAAUGUCACAGGCAAAGAAUCCCAAGGCAGCUGCGUCUUCACAGAAGAGCCACCCCUGUAAGAGUUGUGGGCCGGUCUUGAGAGACAUUUUCCACUUGGUUGAACAGCAUGGAACACAACACAUCCCUAAACUGCUGAGGUGUGGGGCAUGUGCAAAACGAUUUUAUUUUAGUAUAAACUGCCACCCCCACCGAGAGGUUCGCAUGAGAGAGAAACCCUUCAGAAGUAGUGUGCACACGGCCUCAUUUGUGAAUAGCUGCAGAAUCCAUGUGUCACAGAAGUCCAUUGCUUGUGGGGAGGCUGAGAAGAACGUCCUGUCCAGCUUAGGACAUCAUCAGCAACAGGACACUGAUACAGUGAAGGAGCCAAACAAAGACAACCAGUGGGAAGCAACUUUACAAAGCAGAAAAGGUCUUUACACUUCGGGAGAAUGGAAGAAAACCUUUAACUCCCAACACAUACUUGUUCAGGACCAGGAUGUCCAUACUGGAAAACAGUGUUUUGUGUGCAGUGAAUGUGGAAAAACAUUCAGGUACAAAUCCUCAUUUGUUACUCACUGCAGAACCCACACUGGAAAAAGUUCUCGUCUAUGUGGCGAAAGUGGAAAAUUCUUUAGUAGAAGCUCAACUGUCAAUCAGCAUCGAAAAAUUCAUCCAGGAGCAAGGCAGUACAAAUGCAGCAAAUGUGGAAAAUCAUUGAGCCACAGAUCUGUCCUCAUCAAUUCCAAGGAACAGCACAAUGCAGAAAACAGUUACAUGUGCAGUGAGUGUACACAAUCUUUUAGACAUAGCUCAGUUUUAAUUCAGUAUCAGAAAGUUCAAACUGGAGAAAAGCCUUAUAAGUGUAAUGACUGUGCAAAAUCUUUUACCUCUGUCGCCGCCCUCAGUUAUCAUCAGAGCUCUCACACAGGAGAAAGGCCUUAUGGGUGCAGUGAUUGUGGAAAAUUUUUUAUCUCUAGGUCUGACCUGCGUUAUCAUCAGAGAGUUCAUUCUGGAGAGAGGCCUCAUGAGUGCAGUGAAUGUGGGAAAUCUUUUAUCACUCGUACAGCUCUUCGUUAUCAUCAGAGAGUUCACACUGGAGAAAGGCCUUAUGAAUGCACUGAAUGUGGGAAGUCCUUUACCCGAAGAAAUAACCUCCUUAUACACCUUAGAGUUCACUCAGGGUACAGGCCUUAUCAGUGUAGUGAAUGUGGUAAAUCUUUUACCUUUAGUUCUAGCCUCCGUUAUCAUCAUAGAGUUCACACUGGAGAAAGGCCUUAUGACUGCAGUGAUUGUGGGAAAUCCUUUAACAAUAGGUGGACACUUGUUCGACACCAGAGAAUUCACACAGGAGAAAAGCCUUAUGUGUGCAGUAAUUGUGGCAAAUCUUUUACUUGUAGUUCCACACUUCAGUAUCAUGAACGAGGUCACCUUGGAGAAAGGCCUUAUGAGUGCAGUGAAUGUGGGAGAUCUUUUACUACUAGCUCUGCCCUCCGUUAUCAUCAAAGUAUUCAUACAGGAGAAAGGCCUUAUGAGUGCAGUGAAUGUGGCAAAUCUUUUAUCUCUAGAUCUGACUUCCAAUAUCAUCAGAAGACUCACUCAGGAGAAAGGCCUUAUGAAUGUGCUGAAUGUGGGAAAUCCUUUAUUCGAAGAAAUAACCUCAUUUUACACCAGAGAGUUCACACAGGAGAAAGGCCUUAUGAGUGUAGUGAAUGUGGGAAAUCUUUUAAUAAUAAGUCAACACUCAUUCAACACCGGAGAGUUCACACAGGAGAAAAACCUUAUGUGUGCAGUGAAUGUGGGAAAUCCUUUACUUCUAGCUCUACCCUCUGUUAUCAUCUGAGAACUCAUGCUGGAAAGAGGCCUUAUGAAUGCAACGAAUGUGGGAAAUCCUUUACAUCUAGCUCCACCCUCAAUUACCAUCACAGAGUUCAUACAGGAGAAAGGCCUUAUAAAUGCACUCAGUGUGGGAAAUCUUUUACAUUUAGCUCAAGCCUUCGUUAUCAUCACAGAGUACAUACUGGAGAAAGGCCAUAUGAAUGCAAUGAAUGUGGAAAAUCUUUUAAAGAUAGAUCACAAUUCACUAAACACCAGCGAGGUCACACUGGAGAGAGACCUUUUAAGUGUAACGAAUGUGGGAAAUCUUUUAGCCACAAAUCUUCCCUCUCAAUACACCAGAGAAUUCAUAAUAGAGAAAGGUCGUACAAGUGCAAUGAGUGUGGUAAAUCUUUUACCUCUACUUCUGGUCUUGGUUAUCAUCGGAGACUUCACAGGGGUGAAAGGCCAUAUCAGUGCAUUGAUUGUGGGAAAUCUUUUACCAGUAGCUCGAUACUUGUUCGACACCAGAGAGUUCACACUGGAGAAAGGCCUUAUGAGUGCAGUGAAUGUGGGAAAACUUUUGCCAGUAGUGACACACUCUCUUAUCAUCAGAGAGUUCACACAGGAAAAAAGCCUUACAAAUGCAGUCAGUGUGGAAAAUCUUUUGCCUCUGGUUCCACGCUCCGUUAUCAUCAGAGAGUUCAUACAGGAGAAAGGCCUUAUGAAUGCAGUGAGUGUGGGAAAUCUUUUAUCUGUAGUUCCAAACUUCGUUAUCAUCAGCGAGUUCACACUGGUGAAAAGCCUUAUGAGUGCAGUGAAUGUGGAAAGUUGUUUAGGGAUAGUUCGCAAUACACGCAGCACCGCAGAGGUCACACUGGAGAAAGACCUUAUGAGUGCAGUGAAUGUGGGAAAUUUUUUAUUCGAAAAUCUACCCUCUCUCAACAUCAGAGAGUUCACAGGAAAGAAAGGCCUUCGAAGUGCUGAAAAUGUUAAGUUUUCUUGUCAGCGUAACAACCCUGGAGGAAAUUCUUUUAGGAGUCAUCUGUCUGAAUUGAAACUUCUAUGUCUGAAUAUGUAC